AAUCGAGUGACGCUGGAAAGCAGCCAUGCGCGCGCAAACAUCAUGAACGCGCUAGAAGUUUGAGGCUCUCAGCAACAACCCAAAGUAAAUGUGCGCUUAUGUGUUGAACUCAUUUAUACAAGUAUAUGUCGUAUUAGGAGGGUAGCUGCGACUAAACAUGGAUUCAGACGACGACGAGAGAGGUAGGCUAAAUGCUAGUUUGGUCUUUUUGUCAAGUCGGGGGCUGAUUUCUGCAACAACACGCUAACCGUAGCUCGCUCACCCAUGUUGAACUUAUUCCACACUCCGCCUCUUCUUAUUUCAUGUAUUUAAUUAAACAUUACACAUUGACAUUGGUUUUGUCUUCCUUUUUUAGAGCCUGUGGACCAUCGAGUAUUCGUAAGUACGGCUUUUAAACCAUUUUUGUCGAUACCCAUGCGAGGAGCUAAAGUCCAGGAACAGGACUCAUGGGUGUGAUAGUUGGACUUUAUCUGAAAUUUCAGAUUUUGUGACCUUAAAAGUUGACUUAUCUACCAUGCUGUUAAAGUGUAGUCAAAUAGAGUCUGUUUGUCGACUGUGUUGUGAUGGCAAAAGUAGGUUUGUGUAGACCUUCUCAUAGGCCUUAUGUUUGGGCAUGUUUCACUUACAGAUUCAUGUCCUAAUAUAAAACGAUAGCAUUUAACAAUAUUAUUUUGAUUUUCUCAUAUAUUUUGAUCAAUGAUAGUAGAACCAUCAUUGUGUUUUCUUCUUUCCAGUCAAAGGUUUUGAGUAUGUUUGAUGGAAACCCAGAUUUUCAACAAAUUUUAAGACUUGGCCUUCAGGGUAAGAAAACACAACGCCACUCACUUACUGCACACAUAUAGUCUGUUUCAGCUAUUGUCUGUGAAUUUGCUUUGAUGUGACUGAAUUAGCAGCCCCUCCAGGAGUUCACAUGUCUUCUCCAGACUUCACAAUUUUGCUGGAGGUUUUUGCAGGCAGUGUAUUCUGUGUAACAUGCUCAUCUCCCACGAUGACAAUUUUGACACAUCAAACAUAGGAAGUGAAACUUAAAAGUAGGGCACAACCAAUACGGACUUUUUGGGGCCGAUUAUUAUUGAGGAAAAUCCGGUUAUCGAUUAAUCGGCCGAUUUUUACAUUUUUUUAUGACGUUAUAAAAAACACCUAUAUUUACUGUAGAUAUCUACAGUAUACUAUAUAAUGUAGAUAUACUGUAGGCUACUGCUCUUCACGCUGACAGGAAAACCGACUGAUCAAUCUCCGGGUGCCGAUCGGUGCCUCCACGUCUUAACUCAAGUUACUCAUUUCCGAUCUGUUCUCAUCUGGAGACAUGCAGCUGCCUCAGUAAGAGAAGUAGCUCGAUCACGUAAUGUGUACUGUUGUUUACUCUACCGUUACUGGCACGGCUAACAGUGUAGCAAGGCUAAUAGCAGAUGGCUAACUCUAACUUUAGCUUGCAUAUUACAUGGUGCUUCACUGUUAACUCGUACCGUUGAGGCGGACCACUGUCCUCCGUGCGUCCCUGAGCUGCCUGCGUCAGAUCCGUCACUCUGCUGUGCUGUGAGGUAGUAAGUGGAUCAAGACUGUCAUGAGGUCGCUGCGCCAUCUACAGGAUAAGUCUGGGAACUUUUCAAAUGGCAGUACAUUUUGGAAGUGAAACCGAAUCGUAUUCUCCGCAUUUUAUUUCUGAAAAUAUCUGCGAAAAUCUGUGAGUUUUGGACGAUUACCGAUUAGUCUCAAAUGGGUUUAAAUUGGCCGAUUUAAUCGGCUCGCCGAUGAAUCAGUCGAGCCCUAGUUUGAAGUAAAGGGUGUCAUGAAGAAAGGACAGUACCACUCCAUCCUCCAGCACCAUGCUGUUCCAUCUGGACUAAGACUUGUGAGUCAUAAGUUUGUUUUGCUGCAAGACCCUAAGCAUUCUGCCAGGUUACUCCUUCCACAAUAAUCAUGUUUAUUUUGAUGCAAAUUAUAUUAUUGAAACUAUGAUCUUUUUUUGUACAAAUCUGAUCUUGCUUCCAAACUUUUGGCCUGUAGUGUACUGACUCAUCAAGCCAAGUCGUAAAACUUCCUGGAGGAGCUGCUUUGAGCGUUCACAUCAUGAGUUUUAGGUGCUUCUUUUACAAAUGCUCAUCGUUAUAUUUAUUUUUUUCAUUUUUGUCAUUGCCUCUGUAGCGGAGCUAGCGGGGAAAGAGGACGUUUAUAUGAUACCACAGUGUUCAGAAUUACCGAUUGACCCCGAAGAGUGCUUUAAAGCAUCUAACUGGACCAGUGAUGGGAGAUAUAUUGGGAACUUUACAAAGCCAGCCAAUGCUGUCCCAGUGCCUUCAUACCUUCAUGCAUAUGCAAACCCUCAUCGCUCAGACGUUUUGAACAACCUGGCCAAGGAGACUGUGAGUUCUUUUACAAUUUGUCUAUCCUGUUCAGUAGGAUUGUGAGAAUGAAUUCAGCUGAGUCUAUAGGGUUAAAUCAAUGAAAUGUGUGUGUAUCUCUUCUAGGAUACAGAAAGAAAGGGUGAAUUAUUUCAAGACUCAAAAAAAUACAUAGGAAAGGCGGACAGGAAACGGCUUAAAAAACAGGUGAGACCUAAGAUAAGAUAAGAUGUUCCUUUAAUUGUCCCACAGUGGGAAAUUCUAAAUUCACAGCAGCAUAGUACAGACACAGACAGAAAAAUUAAAGGAUAUAGAAACUCCGAGGUAAGUUAAGAAAAAGACAACUUGCAGUCUUAAUUGAGUUUUCUUAUUUUAGACCAAAUUCUGUCUUGAACCUGAGCUUAACAAAGUUGCAGCAAAGUCUGGUCUUUCUGAAUUUUCUGUUAUUUUUACUCUAUUUUUUCAUAUUUUGUCAACUACUGUACCUUGAUUGAUCAAAAAACAAGAGUGGUGGGCGGCUCCUCUUUUUUUACUGUAGGACAGAAAGAUUCAGAGGAUCUUGCACCUACAGCUCAUCACUGUUUCAUUCUCCUAUAAAUAGUAGAUGAGAUGAGAUUCCAGAUAAAUUAAUUUCCCUUUAGGGAUCAAUUAAGUCCUUGUAUUUUAUUGCAUUAUUGUCUUGUAAAUAAUAUAAAUGAACUUGAUUGUGUGUGUUUUCUUGUUCAACAGAGGCAGAAGGAGAAGAAACGCCUCGAGGAGAUACAGAAGGAGAACCCGAACUCUGGGAAAAAUGAAGAUGUAAUAAUCAGUUGUGGGCCAUAAUUUAGAGUUCAACAUAUUAACAGCUUUUAACACAAAUGAAUCAACCUGCUUGUUUUUCUUUCCAACAGGAGGGUGAUGAUGCUCAGGCGUGUAAACCAGAGAAGAGUACAGCAGACAAUAGUGAUUCCAGCAUCAGGCAGCAGGUGUGUGCAAAAGAUACCGGGAGCAGUGACUGCAGUGGGGAGGAGUUCAGCGAUGAAGAUAGAGACACAGAGGAGGAAACUGAUGACUUUGAGGUACUUAGUCUUUCGCUGAAAACAAAGCGUUGUGGUUAUUUUUGUACUCAUAGAAGACUGAUACUGAUUUAGCUUUUCUUAACUCUGAUUUUUCUCCUUUAAUCUUCUACUUUGUCAUCUAUUACCGCUUGAAAAUGUGACUUACUGGGCCUCUGUCUCUGAUUUCUGUCAGGAGCUGGAUAUGACGAGUACAUUUGUGAGCAAAGCUGCGGAUAUAGCCAGGCGUAAACUGGAGCUGAAGCCUAAGCCAGACAAGAGGGAGAAGAAGAAAAGCCCGGCGAAAGAAGAACCUAAGAGCAGCGCUGACAAAACAUAUGAAAAAACAGUCACUGAAUAUAAGGUGAGUCUGAUUUUGAAACAGAAAUGAUCAACAAUUUAAAUGUUGAAUCUGAUAAUAUCGGUUUUGGUUUUGCUCAUCUCCUUUCUCUUUUUGGACAGGAUACUGUUGCCUCAAGCAGCCUUAGUUUUGAAGAGAAUGUUAAAAUAAGUACCGAUCUUGCAAGUAAGUUUCCUCCACUCAUGCAUGUUUAGAAAUGUUUCAGAUUGAUCACCCUUGGAUAAAUAUCUGUCAUGUUUUUCUGCAGAUACAGGAAAUAGGUUCGCCAGCAAUGGAGACUUUCAUACAGCCGUGAAGUAUUUUACCGAUGCAAUAAAGUUCAACCCUACUGAGUUUAAGUGAGAACAGGUUUUUCGCCUCAUUUAAUUCACUAAUCUGUUGCAUCACCUGUUUCAACGCAAUGCUAAAGGCUGUUUUUCCCUGCCGCAGGUUGUUUGGAAAUCGUUCCUUCUGUUUCGAGAAGAUGCAGGAGUACGAGAAGGCGCUGGCUGAUGCCGAGUUGUCUCUCAGUAUGCAUCCAGGCUGGGUUAAAGGUCUGUUCAGGAAGGGCAGAGCUCUGGCAGGUCUAAAGGUCAGUAGUCUUUUUGAUGAUAUCUGCACCACCCAUGAAGGCCCCUGUCACGGGCGCUUAUGUAAUGUAAUGACAAAACCAGUGUUGGCUUUUUACGGAGAACAGAAACUGAUACUCGGCAUGUGAACUGUUGUGCAACAUUGAGAACUAGCUUCCGGAGGGGACUUAGCUUAGUUUUGAAGCCUCCUGAACUCAGAGCUUCUAUAAUAAAAACUAUGUUUUCUAGUCAUCUGAAAUAACCUAGAGAAAUUAUACACAAUGUACCUUUACAUAAGGUGGUUUAAACUGUGGGAAGGCACAGGUGUACCGCCAAACCAUUGGUAUCAUUGGCUAAUAUUUGGCAAACACUGCUGAUGGUAUCAAAUGUUAACUUUAUUGUUUAAACACAAUGCUGACAGGCUAGUUUGCCAGACUGCUUAUUCACAAAUGAGUCAUAAUUGGGUGGAGGAAGUCAUACUGGUUUGUUUUCAUAACGUCAUAUGAGAGAAGUUGAACGGCACAUACCGUUUGAAAACUAACCACGCCAGCAAGUUGAGUACCCCCAUUACUCUCAUGUAUUAGCUUUAUGAUCAGUUUUAACAAAGAUAUUAGGAUAGGCGUCUUCUAAUCUUUGCAUGUUGCACUCAGGCGACAUGUGUUGUCAUGGAAACGUGUUCCAGUCCUCAAACCUUCAUGAGCCCCUGCACUCACACACUGUACACCUAAUUUGCUCUGUAACACCUCUGAAUAUGACCGAUCCCAUCUCUCACUAAUUUGUGAUUUACUUUCAAAUGAGAGUCAUCCUUCAUCAGCGUCUCUGUUUUGUUAACCUUCACCCGUUCAGGUCGGUUUGACUCUGCGAUCACUCUGUCCUCGUUGCAUCAGAUUGAAUCAAUUUCAAGUCCCAUUGAGCCGCACGGGCGCACAUCAUUUACUCAGACUUGUUUUGGCUAGCUGUAACUGUAAACAUUAAUAACAGCCGAUUGGCGCAGCAGCAUGACAGUCACUGAGUCUUAACUUUGAUGUAGUGCCGAGGCAGCAGCUCAUUUACGGUGAUCUCCUCUCUCCCUCUUUCUCCUGCAGAGGUACGAUGAAGCGACUCAGGCUUUCAGGGAAGUUCUCAAACAGGACGGGUCAUGUGCCGAAGCUGCGCAAGAGCUGAUGCGGGUGCAGAUAACACAACUUGUGGUAUGUACAACAACAAAAAAAAGCUGCUCUCUUUUUAAGAUUCAGUUUUUGUCGUCAUACAGACAAUAAUCUUUAACUCAGAGUUUAUAAUGUGUGCUUUGUUUCAGGGAUAUGGUUACAGUCGAGAGCAGAGUUCAAAUGCUCUAAUUAUUCACGGGACGGUAGAAAAGGCACGAGAGGUUCUGUCUAAAUUAGAAGGUCAACCAGGUGACUGUCUUAUUAUUUCACUCUCAUUGCUUGAAAAGUUAAAAGCCUCCUUACUCUGUUCUGUCUGACCUGUGUUGAUGACAUCCCCUUCAGACCCAGAUAGGUCUUAAUCUUCACAUUCACAUCUGAACCAAUCUGAUUUAUCGUCUGUUUAGGACCCGUACUAAAAAGCGCCCUCCCACCUCCUCAAGUGGUGAACGUCAGCGGAGUCUCUCCAGUCCUUUCAGCCACAAACUUCGCUCCCCCUCAUCCGCAGAACGCACCAAAACCCCCGAACAACCCUCUGGUCCCAGUCCAGAAUAUGCCAAAUGUCCAUGUGCAGCCAAAACCAGUUCCUCAUCCCGCUCCAAGGACCAACAGUGUAGACCAACACCUUCCACAGUGAGUGAUGUCCCUGUAGACCUUGAUAUUCUUCACUGUCAGCUGUCAAGUCUUCACUGACUGACCUGCUAAAGCAAAGAUGAUCUGUAGUACAAAGUUUAAGCUUUGUCUCUGUGUCCGUUGAGAGCGUCCACACGCAAUUAAUCAGUUCUUGUAUCGGACAGACUUAAUUAAGUACAGCCUGUAUACUCACAGUUAUCGAUAUUGCAUCUUCCCUGAUUGGACGUUUUAUUCUAAGAGAGCAGGAAAUCAUUAAGUUCUUUCACGCGGCUCAAACUUCUUCAUGAACCAUAACAACCGCGAUUCCCUGCUCAGGAUUUGACGGUAUCAUCUGUUACUUUUAGUGUUUUUGAACAAUCAAUAUAUAAAUAAUCAAUAGAUUUUUUUUUUCUUCUCACAGGGAGCUGUUUCCAGUUUGGGUGGGGAACUUAUUCCAGCCAGUCUCUGAGUCCGACAUAAACCACCUGUUUAACAAGUAAGUAUAAUUCAGACACUUGGACAGACUUUCUGUGUUAGUUACUUCUUUUUUAAAUGAUUAAUUUUAACAGUCAAACCUUUAAGUCAGAUAAUACUGUUAUACUAGAGGUGGUAAAUGACACGUUUUUGGUCUUUCAGGGUCGGUGAGGUCCAUAGUGUGAAGCUACUGUCUUACAAACGCUGUGCCUUUGUGAACUUUACAAAACAAGAGUAUUGUGAUGAAGCGAUCCGACGCCUUCACGUAAGCACACGCACAAUAACGGCUUUAACUUACACUAUUGUUUCACUCUCAGUUCUUAAGUCCAGUUUAUUUUUUUCUAUAAUCAUUGAGCUGUUAACCCUUUAAAAGGCAUGACUAAAAAUUGAAGUGUUUCAUAAACAUUAAAAAGGAAAAUCCACCUUAAAUGAACCCCCUAAAGUUUUGCACCUUGUUCUCGCCAUUAGGGAUUUGAUUUGAACGGCGUCAAGAUCGCAGUGAGAUACCCCGACAGGAUUCCUCAGGGCAUGGGUAUUUCCAGGUCUGCUCUCAAAGCUGAUGACCUGCAGGAUGAGAACGCGAGGUGAGGACAAAAAAUGCUCCGAAUCUAUUUCAAAGGACUAGUUCAACAUUUCAACAGAAGCCAUAUUUUGUUUGUUUGUUCUCUCUUAGCUUAAAGUGCAGUAUUUGUUGAAAUUGGUCAAAAAGUAACUCAAGCAGAUUGAAUUUUUGGACGUAUUUUUGGAUCUUGACCAGGUGUUUCUUGUGAUCACACUUGGAUCUACGUUUUGAAACUUCUGUUUCCUCACUGCUUGGUUGUUUAAACCACUCUUGACUUGCAUCUCCAUCUACCUUAUAUAUAAAUAUGUGACCAGAUUAAUGUCUAUUUAAAUACAAAUAUAGAUGUUUUAUGUUUAUAUGAAUAACUAAGAUUAUUUUCUACUCUGUCAAUGCAAGUUUGAGGAAAUGAAAUGAAUUUAUCGGCACUCUGAGUUACCAGUUUGUUCUGAUGUUGAUGUUUUGUUUCUUUCAAUCAGGCAUGUGUACGGCUAUGGGAGGAAUGCAGUUGGAGGCAGAAGACCUUUCCACCCCCAUGAUCACGUCUACGACUACAGAGGAAACUACAAAUACUGAGAGAAAAAGACAUCCCUCAGAAAAAAAAGCAUAUCACUGAUACUGCCCAAAACAGGUGAUCAGUGCAGAGCUUUAACGCUUCCUUUUCAAAGAUCAAGUGUUUUUAAGUGGAGGAUGGAUACAAGUAUAUAAGGGGAUUCUUAAAAAAGGGCUUCGUCUGGAUAAAAGAGUAAAGCUUUUGUUUUAUACAAGAUAACAUUUUACAUAAUUAAAGCUUAUUACUGCCAAAAGUAUGAGAGAUAUAAUGAAGGAUCAAGACUGAUCAUUUUGGUUGUUUGGAAUAUUAUAGAUUAUACAUCAUACUUUAAGUUUUACUUCAGGCCCCUUAAUCUCAUGUCCAUAAAUAAUUUUUUUUUAGAUUGUAUCAACAAUUAAAUUUUACUUAAUAACAAAAAGAACAGAUCUUACAAGCAUCGGUGGUUUAGUAUUUUAUUGUGUAUUUAAACUUUGAAAUACGAUAUUGUGAAAGGCCUUAAAUAUUAUGUACUCACAAGAAAGUUUACUGUUCACCCUGCUCUUAAUGGGUCGCUUGCCUUAAAUCAUACUUACCCUGAAUACAACAGUCAUUUUUGUGACGUGGAUAAAGUGAGAUGUCAGUUAAGUAAUAGAAAUCACAAUUCUUAAUCAGAUCUUUAUCGAAAGGAGGUAAAGUGUCGAAUGUUUUACACUCUGAUCUGUGUAUUGAAACGUUUUCUUCUUCCUUCAACAAUUAAAGUGGAUCAGAUUAUCAUCCCU